ACAUAUAUGUGCAAAUGUACAUGUUUCGACCCCUAUAUACAUAAGAAGCGAGACACUUCUAACAAGCACAUAGAUCGAGAGAAAAAUGGGCGAGAUCAAAAGCGGCGAGAAAACGCGAGUUUUGGUGGUGGGAGCGACGGGUUACUUGGGGAAGAGAAUCGUACGGGCGUUUUUGGCUGAAGGUCACGAGACCUACGUUUUGCAGCGGCCAGAGACUGGUCUCGACAUCGAGAAAGUCCAACUCCUUCUCUCCUUCAAGAAACUAGGCGCUCGUCUCGUGGAAGCUUCUUUCUCCGAUCACCAAAGCCUCGUAUCAGCCGUGAAACUCGUAGACGUCGUUGUCUCCAACAUGUCUGGUGUUCACUUCCGUAGCCAUAACAUCCUUGUCCAGCUCAAGCUUGUUGAAGCCAUCAAAGAAGCUGGUAAUGUCAAGCGCUUUUUACCAUCUGAAUUUGGUAUGGAUCCACCACGAAUGAGAAAUGCGUUACCGCCCGGAAGAGAAACGUUCGACCAAAAAAUGGAAGUUCGUCAGGCUAUUGAAGCUGCUGGAAUACCUUACACUUACGUUGUUGGCGCUUGUUUUGCCGCAUAUUUUGCUGGAAAUCUAUCUCAGAUGGAAACGUUACUCCCUCCCAGAAAAAGAGUUAAUAUAUACGGAGAUGGUAAUGUAAAAGUGGUGUUUGCGGAUGAAGAUGAUAUUGCGAAAUACACUUCCAGAACUCUAAACGACCCACGGACUUUGAACAAAACCGUGUAUAUCAGGCCUCCGGACAACGUUCUCACACAUAUCGAAUUGGUUCAGAUUUGGGAAAAGCUAACCGGAAAUGAAUUAGAGAAAACUAAUAUUACUGCAAAAGAUUUCCUUUCCAACACUGAACACAUGGAGAUUCCACAGCAAGCGGGAAUAGGACAUUUUUAUCAUAUUUUCUAUGAAGGAUGUCUAACUGAUCAUAAAGUGGGAGAAAAUGAAGAAGCGUCAAGUCUCUAUCCGGAUGUGAAGUACAAACGCAUGGAUGAUUACUUAAGAAUGUUCCUUUGAUGACAUUUUGGUUAAAUCAGCAUAUCUACGUUAAAAAAAAAAUCAGCAUAUCUAUGAUAAUAUAUGCAUAUCAUAAGUUUGAAAUUAUAAUUCACAUCCAUGUU